AUGCUACGGAAAGUGUACGGUAGGAAUUGUAUGCAUUAUUCUACUGCUCAUGAUUGGUAUUUGCAAUUUGAACAAGGUAGAGAAGAUAUCUCAAACGCUAGAAGAAAACCAAGAACAAGUCAUACCUCCGAAAACGUGAAAAAAGUACUUGAAAUUCUUCAAUCGGACUCCUAUGUGUCCACAAAUGUCAUCGCGGGGCUAACUGGCUUACAUGAAAAAACUGUAGCCAAAAUUCUAAAACGCUUGGGCAAACGGAGGGUUUGUGAACGCUUCGUACCGAACACGCUGACGGAGGAUCAAAAAGACGCCAGAAUGGAGCAUUGCAGAGACAUGAUAAGAGCGGCCGCAAGUGAUUCAAAUUUCAUGAAAAAUAUCGUAACUUGUGGCAGAAUAUGGAUUUCUGAAUAUGAUGAGCCACUCCCAGAGCAGCAGACCGCUUCCACGUCGGAAUGUCAAAGCAAAGAAAAGACAAAGCCAAAAAGAAUGUUCUUGCAGAAGAGCAAGACAUUGCUCAUCGUUUUCUUUGAUUCAAGAGGAAUGGUUUACAAUGAAUUUAUACCGGAAGGUCAAACAAUGGACGCUGUUUAUUAUUUAGGUAUUCUGGAUCGUUUGUGGGACAGUAUCUCUCGAGAUCGGUCUCAAUACGAACAGUCAG